AUCGCAUCCAUGUUAAGAUGCUCUUUAGGCUAACCUUACAAAAGACCCAAAUGGAGAAAAGAAAGUAAUUUGCAUAACUCGUGUCCGUCUGCCGAAGGCUACAUUGUUUCGGCAUAUCAUGGCAAUUGGCAUUCGUACCAUAACCGGGGGAGCUCUACUGCUAGCUGGUUGCGCAAAAUACAGCACCGUCAUGGCAUCUCCUUCAGUAGGAAGUGGCAAUGCCAACUACAAAGAAGCUCAAUCCAUCUAUGAUUUUACAGCUUUAGAUAUAGAUGGUAACCAAGUGUCACUUGACAAAUACAGGGGUAAUGUAUGUGUCAUUGUCAAUGUUGCGUCUAAGUGAGGUAAAACAAAAGUCAACUACACACAGUUAGUUGCGCUGCAUGAAAAGUAUGGUGAUUCCAAGGGUCUGAAGAUUCUUGGUUUCCCUUGCAAUCAGUUUGGAUCCCAAGAACCAGGAACUAAUUCUGAAAUCAAGGACUUUGCAGCCAGCUACAAUGUGAAGUUUGACAUGUUUGCCAAGAUCGACGUCAACGGCGAUAACGCACAUCCGCUGUGGAAAUAUUUAAAAAAGAAGCAAGGAGGCACCCUUACAGAUGGCAUUAAGUGGAAUUUCACCAAGUUCAUUGUAGACAAAAAUGGCCAGCCUGCCGCUCGUUACGCCCCAACCACAGAUCCUUUCGAUAUGGAGAAGGAUUUGUUGAAAUACCUAAACCAGUAGAUGGCUCCUAAUAUCUCCUGAUAUGUAAUGACAGAUUUCCCUGCUUCUUUGUUAAUUAUGGGAAAUCUGGAUGUGUGAGUGGCUUAUUGGAUUUUCGUAAAAGGUUUGUUUAGUUUCAAACGAAUUAUAUUUCUGAUUGAACGGAAUAAAAAUGACAGACUCUCCGCAAAACCUCAUCGGUAUGGAGGAGUCUAGAUGCUCCUAUUCCAAUAACAUUUAGAAAGAAAUUCGAAAGAAGUUGUACACCCUUCGCCUAUUUGAAAGAAAAUAAAAAUAUAUUGUCUUGUUA